AACAGCAGCUUUCUAUUGCUGUAAAACAGAAAGUUCUAGUGGUGACUUCCCUCUUCGACAAAAACGGACCACUUUUCCGGCAGUGUUUAGCAGAAACGAUAUGCUGAACGAGGAAUCUGCUCAACGAAAAGCCUUAUUAUUAUCAUUUUUUGAGAAGAUCAGGUGCUAUUUCGAGAGCUGGCUACUCGCUUGGCAUCGCGUUUCGCGCUGUGUCAGUUGGCAUGGUAUGCAAAUCCGCCUGAGGGAACGGCGGCAGCACAGUUACCGGCACGCGCAUCGCUGCUUCUGCUUUAUUCUCACCGUGCCGUGCUGGCGAUUUGCGCACGAGACGGACAGUGAAAUACUUUUCCUGAUGAGUUCCACUGGACCGCUUUUCCUUUAGGACCAUGGUACGGUAUCCGUUUUUAUUCUGAGUUUCUGGAAUAUACUGCGUGAUAUCUCAGCAUGUUUUGGGGCGUGAUUACAAAUAGGAUGAGAUUAUUUAGGGUGUCAUAAAUGCUACAGCCUAGUCAAACUGAUUCCAAUUCUCUGUCUGAUUUUUUAAUUAUGCCUUAUGACAGGGACUAUUAUCCUGUUUUAAUGAGAUAACAACAACAACAACAACAACAACAACAACAAUAAUAAUAAUAGGCAGAGUUGUAGUAUAGUUGUUGUUUUCGUUGCGUGGCUCAUUUACAAAGUUUUUUUUUUUGGUCUUGGACUUUGGGCUAAAUUUGGUGGCUGAGAAAGCAAAUGUUGACUUAAUGAUGUCACCGAUAGGUCUUCCCUAAAACAAGAACACAUUAUUCUUCGCAUAUUGACUGGUCUGUGUGAUGUUUUAAUUUUGGCGUCGAAGCUUUUUAAAUUUCAUUUUGUCUUCACGUGAAAAUAAGGACGGUGAUGGUGACACCUAUGAGGCUCCUCCCUGUGAGCGGCCGGCCGUGAAGGUUCCAGCCCGUCGGGUGGAGGAGAACGUUUACCUGGAGAGGUCUUCAGCCCCUGAGCCCUGCAGACAAGCCCCGCCUCCUCGGCCGGCUAAGAAUAUGCCCACCGGCAAAGCACCGAAGCUGCGGCAUGACUUGGAGGAAACCUACAUCGACCCGAACGCCAAAAAACCCCCUCAGGUCAACCGGGAACAGAAACCAGGGAAGAAGCCAGUGUCCAGGAAGACCCCACCCCCCAGACCUGGCUCUGCCCCUGCCCCUAGCCCCGCCCCUAGCCCUGCCCCCACCGCCAGCCUCGAAGAUGAUGUCUAUUUGGACCCAAACGAAGGACAGGAAGGGGGCAAUGAUGACGUCUAUCUGGAGCCCAAUGCAGCUUGCCCUCCCCCUCCUGGGGUUGGUAUGAGGAAGGCCCCUCCUUCCAGGGGUGGUCCUCAUGAAGCUCCGCCCCCAAGGGGUGGGCCUUGUGAAGCUCUGCCUCCCAUGGCUGGGCCUCGUGGAGUCCUGCACCCCAGGAGUGGACCUCAUGAAGCUCCGCCUUUCAUGGGUGGGCCUCGUGAAGCUCCGCCCCCCAGGGCUGGGCCUCGUGGAGCCCCAUAUGCCAGGGGUGGACCCCGUGACGCUCCGCCUCCCAAGGGUGGACCCCGUGAAGCUCCGCCUCCCAAGGGUGGACCUCAUCAAGCUCUGCCUCCCAAGGGUGGGCCUCAUGAAGCUCCGCCUCCCAAGGGUGGACCCCGUGAAGCUCCGCCUCCCAAGGGUGGACCUCACCAAGCUCCGCCUCCCAAGGGUGGGCCUUGUGAAGCUCCGCCUCCCAGGGGUCUAAAAAAGUCUGCACUAUCAGCAACAGCGGAGUCACAGCUGCAGGCUGAGGAGUGGUUUGCAGGGAACUGUGACCGUAAAACAGCAGAAGUGGUCCUGUCCAGGGUCAACAAGGACGGGGCCUUCCUGGUGCGGUACAGCUCUGCCCAGAACACACGGCAGCCCUACACUCUGGUGGUGUUCUUCAGGCAGAAGGUCUACAACAUCCCCAUACGCUACCUGGAGCACACACAGGGAUACGCCCUGGGCAAGGAGGGCAAGAAGAGCGAGGAGUUCUUCAGCAAUCUCCAGGAGAUCAUCUCCCACCACAGGAAUAAGCCCAUCCAGCUCAUCGACAGCAAGAGCCAGGCCAAACACACCACAUACCUCACCCACCCGGCUCACCCCUGAAGCCCCACACCUGUUCCACACCUGUUCACCUGGACGAACUCAGCCCACCCCAGCACACUUCACUGCAGCUGCCAGUGUGACCCAGCUAUGAGACUCUCAGCGUUUACUUACUGUUUAUUUUUGUGUCCUUAAAACUCUCUGCACUACUGCCUAUUUGCCCUGCCCUUACCACAGCCCGUGCACCUGGGUGAAUCCCCUGGCCCUCCCCAAGGCGAGAGAAAGUGGAUUUUGCUGCUCACCUGGCAACCUCAGCUGCUGUGAAGAAUGUGCUGUGGGGGCUGUGUCUGCCUGGCCUGCUUUCCACAAGCCUCUAUCCUGUCAAUUUACUGCGUUUAUUAUUUAAAACACAACUUUAUUUAUGUUUUCAAUAAGCUGUCUGGUUGCCCCGAUUAGAUUCCACUGUUAGGUUCUGUACCCCAGAAAUAUUAAAGGAGGGGUGUAUCUGC